CCUGCCUGCGUGCCUUUGCCUGUCCUUCGUCUCUCGUCUCGUCUCCCCCUCCCCUCUUCUCUGUUCAACCUUGAAGGGUUGUGAAUGUAAGUGUGAAUGAAUAGGUAUAUAUAUUUGGCCACUCAGCGGCCUGCAUGUUUUGUAAGCCCUUGCGCAGCAGCGUAACUUGGAGCAUCCUCAUCCGCUCCACCGCACCUUUGCAACGGGAAGUCGACGAAGAACGAAGAAUAACUACGAAGAGGGUAGUAGUCGUAGAAGAAGAAGAAGAACGGACAAGAAAGAACGAAUCACACGGAGAAAGAGGACGAGGAGUGUGUAUGUACUCUGGUUGUUGCAGAAUCUGUAGUGACUGGAGAGGGAAGAAGCCGAAGCAGAAGCCAGGGCUAGACCUAUUAUUAGAAAGCAGGUGACGAGAGAAUAUGUCUCGACUGAGCAACGACGUCGCUUGAGGGAGGGUUCUUCUGAUGUGGAACGGGUGAGUCGUGAGGAUGGUUUAACAUGGAUAGGGCAGAACCUGGAGUUGGUACAGCUCCCCAGGCUACUGCGGGGCCAUGCAGAGCAGCCAUGCAUCGUCCUCGGGAGAGGACCAUGAAGGAGCUGCUUCGGCAUGCUCAGAAGAUUUCUGAGCCAAGGCCAUCGCCUGUUCUAACUGAUGGAGCUCGUAUGCAUGGUCCGGGUGUGAAGGAGGAAUGCUAUAAUUGUGGGGGUUUAGUUGCGGCAGAACAACUUCAGCGAUGUAGUGCUUGCGAUCGAGGAUUUCACAAGACUUGCUUAGACCCGCAUGUAAAUAUCUUCCCACCUGGAGAACCUUGGUACUGUGGUCUUUGCGAUGGUUACGAGAGUCGGGGAGAGGAUACCGAAGCAACCGACAAAACUCCAGGUGACAGCAUGACAAGUAGCCAAAAUACUUGUGGUCAGUGGAAUUCAACUGCUUCCGGUGGCAAGAAGAAGUUGACCAACGUACGGGGGUUACAAGAAGUUGUCCAGCAAGAGAAAGCUAGCCUUGUAGAUAUCAAGCCUUUACAGACAGCAUUCCAGAGCGGCAUUGAUCGCUUUGCCUCUGGGGAAACAGGGGAGGCAAGCAGAAAGAGUAAACGAGGGCGUCCACUCAAAAACGCCAGCCCUGCCUUGCCUUCUAAACGUCGACGGGCUGAUUCUGGAAUUUCCAAGGCCAAGCCUGAUGAUGGGAACGCAUCAUCCAGUGUUCUAGAACAGGCAGGGGAUGCAGAAGAGGUGGCAGUAGAAUCCAGGCGGGAGCCUGUGGGAGCUACAUGCAGUUUUAGCAUUGACCUUCCUGCUAAUGCCGGAACCACACCUUCGGAAGUUGAUGAAGGGGUGCUUCCCGCUGUGGUUCCAACUGAAAGCAACGAUGGGCAAAUUCAGAAUGUUGAAGGUAGAGCAGGUUUAAAAGAGGGUCAGCUUGAUGAUACCAAGUUGGCGAAUUCAGAUAAGGUUUUGCAGUCGAUGGCAAUGAAGGAUACAGAGUCAAGCACCGAGGCAGCCCUAGGUCCGGUGACGGACAUGAGUACGGUCCAGGUAGUGAAGUCUGAAGAAAUGGAUGCGUCUCAUGCAGUGCCGGAGGACAUGAAGCUCCAGGAUCUGGAGGCUGAUGCACGAAGUGGGGAUCUUAGUGGCCACUUGCAAACAUCAGCAGCCGAAGCUGAAAUAGUUUUACUUCAACCUUCCUUGACAUUAGUGAGCAACGCACACAAUGUCGAUAAUCAGUCUUUUGGAAACGCUUCAGAGCAGGGAGUCAAGGUUCUUGCCUCUGAUCAGCAUGUGAAAGUGAAGUGCUCUGUAAAGGAAAACGAGAAUGCAUCAGCGAUUCAUGCCUUGAAGGAACCUCUUUUGAGUGAGAACCCUCAAAGGAAUGCAUUUGAAUCCAUACGAAAGGCUACCUUGUCGGAAGCACAAGAAAAGAGAAGUGAACCACCAUUAGCAAAUCCUGCUGGGCCAAGCUCAUCAGCUGCUUCCCUGACUAGUUCACCUUCUCCCUUAGUCAUGCGUACCAGCUCAUCUCCUCCCUUGAGCAAUUCCCACUCUCCUGUAUUGGAUACCUCGUCAACAUCCACUGCCUCGCCAUUCGAGGGGCUCCAAUCACAAUCGAGGGAUUCCAUAACUUUUACUCCUCUAGACUCUCCUCAGUUUUUAAAGCCUGCUCUCGAGCAAAGUGGAGGUGAUGGAAAGGUUUCUUUAGUCUCUAAACCUCCUUUUAAGGCGUCUAGUUCUAGCCCUUCUACCAUUACUUCUAAUCUAUCCAGAUCUGAGAAGAUUGUCACGAGCGACUCUUCUCCGCAUGUUCAAUGUAUGAUGCAACCUAUUGUUCACCUGUCGCCGUCAGCGGCUCUUAAUCCAUUGGUUACUGACGUUGAUGAUGUUGCUGAGUUGUCUAAUCUGGUUAGUGGACUUCCAGUACCUUCAAAACGAUUACGGAAAGGGCAGCAGGCCUCUCCUCCUGUGCUUGAAGCCAAUGGGUUUGUGGCACAAUCAGCUCGUAAACGCAAGGGUCAGUCUGUGGACAUUUCUCAGUCGGGACAUAUCCUUCCGUUUCGUGACGGGAAGGAGCUGAAUAGGACUUCUUCGAUGCGUGACCAGUGGCUUGUCAAAACCGUUCUUCCCAAGGUGCCGGAAAAUGGUAGCAGCAGAACAGAGCCUGACGAUACUCUUUCUGGUAAAUCCAGGGAGUCCAUUCCAGAGGAUGACAGAGAUGGAUCACCAAGCAACCUUCUCGUGGAAGAUGUCAAAGUUUGUGAUACCUGCGGUAAUACUGGUUACGAGGAACUCCUUGCUCUUUGCAGUUCCUGCAACGAAGGUGCUGAACAUACUUAUUGUAUGCGUGUCCAGAUGGAUGCACUACCUGAAGGAGACUGGUUUUGCGAAACUUGUCAAAUGAAACAACGGCAUGGUGGCCCAAAAUCUUUGGAGCGGCUCAUCGCGCCCUCUAAGUCGAUUUGUCGUUCUGAUUCUUUGAACAGCCGACCCAAACCUGUAUCUAUUCAGGGUAACUCUCGGUCUCGACUGUCCGACCGUCUCAACCACAAAAAGCCUCGCCUUACUUCUGUCAGAAAGUCGCCCUCGAAGGCUCCUAUUGUACAAAUGCCGGUCAAGAGAUUAGCUAGUGAUUCACUUAUCUCUCCUGUUUCUAGAAAGUUGCCAUCCGAGAGCUUUCCUUGGGCAACUUCUUCCACGAUAUCUCCACCUCCAAUGCCUCAAGCUCCAACACCUUCAGCAAAGCCUUCGCUAACGCGAGAAACUACUCUUAAGUCUGCUCCUGACACUGGCAAAGUGAAAUUUUUGGCACCGUCGGCAGUUGCGAAUUUCUCGUCGGGUGCACGAGCUAAUGCGGCUAAAGCAGUAAUCGUGACCUCACAGCCUCCGAAAGCAGUUACUUCAGCACAAGCUAGCAGCAAGAGCAGGUUUGCGUCACUAAGCAGCAUAUCUGAGUCGAGCACACCUUCAAAGGCCACAAGUUUGAAUUCUUCUCGAGUGUUACUAGCGUCUUCACCCACUCCGAUACUUUCUAAAUCUGCGUCUGGUAAACUUUCGGCUGACUUCUCAACUCCUUCAAAAGCCUUAACUGCUAAACCUUCAGGCGACUACCCUUUUCUGUUAAGUUCGAAUUCCAGGCAAGGGAAUGGAAUGAAAAGCUCUGGACAACCGAAGAGCGGCAGAGAUGGCGGUAUUUCAGACGGGAACUCUCUGCCGCCUGUGGGUAGGGAAUCUUUGUCGUCUAUGACUACAACUCCAGGGUCGAAACUGAUGAGACUGGGAAGAAAUACUAGUAGUGGGUUAUCUGGUGAACCUCGACCCUCUCCUGACACUCCCAGACCUCCACUCGAACACGGAAAAGGUAUCCAACGUUCAGGGCAAGGGACUGGUGGUUCAUAUGCGGCAGGGACGGGAUUAUCACAAGAUGCAUCGAAAGCUGGUGGUAAGGAUAAGGCAUCACCCAGAUCCGAGCUUACUGCGGGUGUAGGAUCAACGAUUGCUGGAAGGGGGACAUCGGAACUCGCCUCUUUGUCUGGGUUUCCUGGGAAGAAUGUAAAGCCGAAUACAAGUAUUUGGAGUGCACCAUGGUUGGGAGAUUCAAGUUCUACUCGGUGUUUGGCAUGCAAGGGUAUUGGACAUAAUGCCCAGGACUGCCCUAAGGGUAACUCCUUCGCCUCUGAGCAAAAGACCAUGACUGGAUUAUCCAUAUCUCCUGGUGCCAGUCCCAAGCCCCCCAAGAACUCAAAAGAAGUAGGUCCAACAGAUUUAGAUGCUCAUGCAUCUGCACCGGGAGUGAAGGGAGAACAGCUUGAAAAAGUCAGCUCGGGACCGGUGUUUCAAGGUUUGCAAAUCGGAAUUGAAUCUGUCCCAGGAAACUCUAGUUUGGAGCCAGAGAAGUCGAAAACCCUUCUUCCUUCCCCAACACCCGGUGACCUCGUGCACAGAAGAUCACCUAGUUUUAAAAUUCACGACUCUUCUUCCGCUGCCUCUAAGGUUCCUUCCUUGCUUACUAGUACUUCGUUUCAGCAAUUAGUGACUGGUCAGAUUUCUUCUGGAGUCUCAUCAGUAGCAAAUGAAGAUAUCCCGCAUCGACAGGGAUCAAAAGCUGAGUCUGGAUGUAGUAAUGCUAAGGCACAAGCCGGGGCUUAUGAUACGGAAGGGCCUCCAGGUGUAGAGACUGCACAUGUGGAUUCUAAGACGUCAGCCAUGCAAAACAGUACUUCGCCUGCGGUGAAAAAUGAGGGUAUUUUGGUGUUAAAUGCUUCGCAAAUUUCUGGUCCCAAAGGACCACAAGGGCAUUCCAAUCAACCCCCAGAAGCUAUCGCAUCUGUUCCUGCGCCUCCAGUUUUGCCGAGAGGGUCUGCAUCCACCGUUUGGGGACCUCGGCCACAUUGGAUGGUGGGAUUAUCUGCUCAUGCAGUACAAAGCCCUCAAACGGGACAUGUACAUCUUCCUGGACAAGUUCCCACUUUCGCACCUUCGGGACCUGUCAUAUAUGGGCAAUCUGCUCCGGUGACUUACCUGGCAUCCCAACCUUCACAGCUCCUUCUCUCAUAUGCUUCCUCCACUCUUCCCCCAGGCCUAUCUCCGACCCCACCUAUAACCCCAGCUGCCCUUGAUGAUGCAGCCAUUCCAAGUGCGGAUAUUUCCUGGCGAGGUGCUUUCGAAGUUAAGGACGGUCAGACGACGGUUAUGUUUGAUGAAAUACGGGCUCACGUUUCUACCAGGGCUGUUGCUAAAGUACAUGAAGUUGCAGCGGCGCUGCCGCAACGACUUCGCUUAGAACAAGUUCAGCGCUCCUUGGACCUGGAGACGUGGCCACGCCAGUUCAUUCAACGACCUCCCACUGAUGGAAGCAUUGCCAUGUAUUUUUUCGCUGAUUCUGGUGAAAGCAUUGAGAAAUUUCACCACAACUUGGUGGAUAAGAUGGUUGCGCGAGACCUUGUUCUCCGUGCUCAACUGGAGGAUGCAGAGCUUCUAAUCUUUCCAUCAGACAAACUUGCUGAGCAGUUUCAGCGCUGGAAUAACCACAUGUUCCUCUGGGGCGUAUUUCGAGCUAAAAAACAGGCCGCAAAAUUAGUCUCGCUUCCAUCAUUUGUGGCCAAGGAAGUACCUGGCACUGAAGCUUUGCAAAGUUUACCUGGGUCUGUGUCAAGAGCACCGGCUAUGUGCGACACGGCAUUGAAGGUGAAGCACUCGAAUUCAGGAGUUGAGAACACAGGGGAGAUAGACAUGGAGGUCGACAUGGAGGGGGGCAAAGAGUGUGGUGUGUCAGACAAAGCAGUUAAACGGCAUGACACUACCAACCCGCCGUUAACACCUCCCUUGUCUCCAACAGGAGGAAACACCAGAACACCAAUCGCACUUUCAAAAGCCACGGACUCCACAUUGCAGAGUCUUGUAUUAAAUACAGAUGUUGAUAAGGCUAAAGAGGAUCUUGAUCUGCCUCCUGGAUUUGCUCCAACUUUAACUCUACCUCCUACUGCAGUGGCUCUAGAGGAGCCCAGUUCAGGAUCGACUCUACCUCCUGGAUUCGGAAAGACGGAAGCACGGAAACAGCAGGUCGAAGCGGGGAGCACUGCAGAUGCUGCUGAAAUUGUAGAGUUGGGAGGCCCUAAAUUGAGGCACAGCGCCAGCUCUGUGGAGGUUUUGAAGGACUCCAACACGCUGUCUGCAUCACCUUUUCCUGCACCAAGUCCAAGAGAGAAUGAGGUCGGCCAGCCCAGCUCGCGCCCCUCGACAACCAAACGAUCUCGUUCAAUAUCUCGCUCACCCAGUCGGGCAAAGGAGAAAGAAAGGGACAAAGGCAGGGAUAGGCCGUUUGAAAGGGCGAAAGAACGAGAGAGGAGAGAUCGGGACCCAAAACGUGGGCAUGAUAGAUCUCGAGAGCGGGUUUGGGAUGACCAGAGAGAUAGGGAGCGUGACAGAGAUUAUGAGAGAGAUAAAGAUAGAUCACAAGCCUGGGAUAGAUCCAAGGAAAGGGAUAGAGCAAGACUGAAAGACAAAGACAGGGCUAGAGAAAGGGACAGAGCAAGGGAAAGAGAGAGGGAUCGAGAGCGGGAGCGAGAUCGCGAACGAGAAAGAGAACGGGAAAGAGAGAGGCUUCUGGAGAGGAGCAAGGACAGGAAACAUAGGCCUCGAGACAGUGAUCAAGAUCUAGACAGCCGAACCAGCAGAUAUAGACGGUCUCGCUCUCGCUCAAGGUCAAGAAGUAUGAGUCGCAGGAAAGGAAUAUCACGGUCUCCUGCUGCUGGAAGUCGAAAGGCUCGGUCUCGAACACCUGUUCGACAGAGGAGUCGAUCUCCUUCACCGUCACGAAAAUACCCAAACUACCGACGGCAAUCGGUAUCUGGUUCUGACUCCCCGGAUUCACUGUCGAUGGAGAUUCUGCAAGAUAAAAUGAUUGCAGUAAGCCGAUCCCGGAAGGCAGAUAGAGACGUUAUGCAGAGAAAGAGGAGAAGUGCAUCAGACAAAGAUGUAGGUGAGAAAAGUUUCCGACCUUCAUCUCGAUGGAAGGCACGGCCAGUAGAUGACAGACGAUCAGGAAGUGCAGGGGCCAGCAAUUCCAAGACUGUUGGCAAAUCAAAUACCGCUCCUAUUUCACGAUCAGUAACCCCAGUGCUGGACAUGAACGAAGGCGUUAGCGAGGCCUUCUCAGCGGAAGGUGCUGCAGCAUCCACUUCUUUACCAGACCUUAACACGGAUUCAGUGGAGUCUGGUGUCGCAUUUCAUGAUUUUUUGCCUGCGGAUGAAGCUGGGCCUUCUAAGAAUCCUGAAGCGGUCAGCCCCGUUGCUGAGCAGACUUUUUUCCCUGGAGCUCGCCCAGCAACCACGCUGCCCAACCUCACCAGGAUGAACUUUCGGCAUGACUCGGAACCUGUAUCUGCAAGAGCGAGAUGGGAGUUUGCAGUGAGUAGUACACGCCCGGAGUAUUCCGCUAGAUCCUCCGCGUACCAGUUCCUCCAUACGUCUAGAUCGGAUCCCAAUCCCGACCUGGAGCUCGCCCUUGGUGGUCGUGAGCCAUCUCUAGAGCGUACAGUUCCUCUGCCCUUGUUUGUAGAUGGACAUGCCAUUAGCCCUGAUCUGGACUUUGCCUUGCAUGCCAAGUCCCCAGACUUAAGUGUGGGCUUAUCGACGUGUCCGCACGUGCCGGGGGGUCCAGGGAUUGAUAGUGGGGCGGUGACUGCAUCCUUAGCAUUGAGCCUUGCUGUACCUCAGUAUAGAAAAGAGGGCAAUUCGUGGGUUCAGGUUGAAGACCGCGGUGUAUUGAUCCCAGAGGAUGUAGACAUCGCUCUGACCCUGUGACAUGCAAGAUUGCGUUGCUGAUUGUGUAUAGUAUGUGAAAUAAGUGCCAAUAAGGUUAUUAGCAAUCUGGGAGGUUUGUCACCAAUUUGUAUCCAUUGUCCCCGCAAUGAUUCACAAUUUUGCAGAGGUGGGACAGUAUAUUUGAUCACCUGUAGAUAGCUUAUAGGAUAGAUAGAUGAUGCCGAAAUUCAGAGCACUUGGGACGGUGACCCUUGUGGCAGACUGAUAAUGUUAUGUAUUUUACGAGCACCGGUUUGCUUUCUGUUUAAACAACGCCUUCGGGACCCCAACAAAUCAUUA